UAAUCAGCGUAAGACUCAUCACAGGAGGACAAAGCUGCGCAGUGAAAGCGUACGAAGGAUCUGUAAGAAGAACGGAGGAUGAUACCCGCAAAUAAAGUGGAAAAACUUACAUCAUUUCAUUCCUGCAUCAAUUAUCACUGGACGGAAUAAUUAAGGUUAUAAGGCCGAAAAGGAGUAAAACAUGCCGAAAUCAAAGGAGAUUCUUUCGUCAAGUUCGGAUGACAGUAGUUUGGAAGAUGAAGACGACAAGAAGGCAAAGAAGUCAAAGCGACCAGUGGAGAAGAAGCAGAAAAUUGGUGAGAGCAGCUCCAGUAAAGUAACUGCAGCACCUCCACCAGCUGUCAAGAAGAAGGCAACCGUGGCCAGCGAGGAGGAAGAGAACAUGUUCCAGAUAGGUAAAAUGAGAUACGUUCGAGUAUCCUGCUUCAAGGGAAAAGUUCUUAUCGAUAUCCGAGAGUUCUACAUGGACAAGGAGGGGGACACAAAACCAGGCAAGAAAGGAAUUGCCUUAAACCCAGAGCAGUGGAACCAACUGAAGGAACUUGUCCCCGAGAUUGAUGCAGCCAUACGGAAAUUCUAGUGAAAUUUUUUUGUGGCUUCACAAGUGUUUAGGUUUCCUGUAACUUUUUUUGUUCUCAUUGGUUUAUGCUUAUUUAAAGUGAAGGCCUCUAGUUUAUAAUUG